AUGGCGGGUGGAAGUGUUAAAGAUCGGUCGAAAGUGAAAGUGAAAGAUGUGAAGGAACAUUCUACCACACGCGAAGAUGCGGCCGUAAAUCUUCAUCAGCUCGAUGCUCAGCACGGCAUUCUGGGCAUUGUGUUGGUACUGUUUUGUGGUACCAUUUCUAGCUAUCUUUGCACUUACCUGCCAGAAGCGCUAACGACAGCUGACCUGAACCUUCACCCGACUGCUUUCAUUGCCGAACGAGCCUGGGACAAUCUGCAGGUGCUGAACGAUUUUGGUCCCAAGCCGACCGGCUCACAGGCAAACGAACUUGGCGCAGCCGAAUAUAUUCGGCGGGAAAUUGCGAAGGUACAGGCGACCGCACACGCAACCCAGCUGGUGGAGACAUCACAUCAGAUCAUUUCCGGUGCCUACCCGAUUGCGUUUCUUGGCAAACCGCUAACGAGCGUUUAUCGGAACGCACAGAACCUUGUGGUGAGGCUGGUAGGGGAGGACGACGAUGGCGGUGCGCUGAUGCUAAACUGUCACUACGAUACAGUGGCUAGCAGUCCGGGAGCUAGUGAUGAUGGCGGUAGCUGUGCGGUUAUGCUGGAAAUCUUGCGUGUUUUGUCCCGCGCACCGAAACGAACCCGCCAUGCGAUCGUGUUUCUGUUUAAUGGCGCGGAAGAAACGCCCCUACAGGCAGCGCAUGGGUUCGUAAGCGGACAUCGGUGGGCAGCGGAUGUGCGCGCUUUUCUGAACCUGGAAUCGGCCGGAUCCGGUGGGAAGGAGCAGCUGUUUCAAGCCGGUCCUCAGCAUCCAUGGUUGAUCGAGGCUUACGGUCGUGCCGUUAGGCAUCCAGCCGCACAAACCGUUUCGGAGGAGAUCUUUCAAUCGGGUAUAAUACCGUCCGAUACGGAUUUUCGCAUUUUUCGCGACUUUGGUCGGGUGCCGGGGAUGGACUUUGCGCACACAAUCAACGGGUAUCGGUACCAUACGCGCUACGACACGAUUGACUACCUUUCGCUUCCGGUAUUGCAACGCACCGGGGAUAACAUCCUCGCACUGACGCGUGAACUGGCCAACGGUGAUGAAUUGAGCAGAGUUGCGAACGACACCAAUCUGGCGGAAGGAUAUAGCGUAUUCUUCGACGUGCUAGGUCUGUUCUUCGUGCACUACAGUCUUAGUACGGCGCGUAUAGUGAACGUUACACUUGCCGUGCUAUCGUUGCUACUACCGUUGAUGGAACUGUGCCGGCCGGUUCGGCGUGUCGGAGAACAAAGUAUUUUCAAGCAAACUUUGGUUGGAUUGCUGGGUACGAUUUGCGGAACGGUGGCAAGCGUUGCAGUGGUGUUAAUCAUUGCCAACCGGUUGGAUGCAAUCGGUCGAGCCAUGUCGUGGUUUUCGACGCCAUAUCUCAUCCUCGGACUGUACGGAUGUCCCGUUAUUCUAGUGCACUGCUUUGCCCACCGUCUAUGCGGCCAUUGUUUCGAUGAUAAGAAGUCAGUGCUUAACCUCACACAAACGGUCCGCGCUCGGCUGAUCGGUGUCAACCUCUUCUGGACGCUGCUGAUAAUCCCGCUCACUUUAGUCAACAUUCGUAGCGCGUACAUCUUCGUAGUAAUUCAACUACUCUCACUACUGUCCACCAUACUAACCUCGGUACUUGGCUACCAACAUCGGCCGCGACGUUGGCUUGCACUUCAUCUAGCCUUCCAGAUACCUACCCUGCUUUGGGUUACCAAGUUUUACCAUCUGCUGCUAAAGUUGUUCGUACCCAUCACGGGACGUAUGGGAGCCGGUACUAACCCCGAGUAUCUGGUUGCAUUGUUGGUGGCUUGCGGUGGUCUCCUGUGCGUCAGCUACCUGGUACCGCUGGUGGGACUGCUUAAGCAAACGUCCGAGUUGACCGCCCGUAUGACUGUGUUUGCGAUGAUUGCAUUCCUGUUGGCAUGCUGCACACAGGUCGGCUUCCCGUACCGGGACGAAAGCAACGGAGAACCAUCUGUACAGCGGCAUUAUGUUACCCAUACGCUUCAAGAGGCGCACGGUAAUGCUGGCACUGUACUGCAACGGUCCGGAUUUUUGUUCCGUGAAAUGGAUCGAAAUGCGGCGCGUGUGAUUCGUGGUGUUGCUAAGCCAUCUGAAGUUGUGCCUAUGCGCCAAAUGGAAACUUGCCGCACCAUGCUGUUCUGUGGCGUACCGUUCUAUUCUAUCUGGCAUCAAAUUCGGUUUGAUAACUAUUGGGUAGAGGGUCCAGCUCCUGCCCUGGAGUAUCACACUCUGCCAACGUUCGAGCUGCAAACAACGAAGCAACGAUCCAACAAAGUUCGUCAGUACAGCUUUAACAUAAGCCGCCGCCACCAAACCUGCGUCCAGUCAGCGCUUAUAAUUGCUCCUAGGUCCGGUGUCCAGCUGGUGGCAUGGAACCUUAUGGAGAGCGUACCGGGUACGAUCGAAUUUAACGGUGAGCAGGCUCACUUUGUGCUUAUAACGUACGGUUUGGCAGACGAUGCACCAUGGACAGUGUCGUUUGAUUUUGAGUACGAUCCAAAGAAUCUGCCAGAGGAGGACGGUAACGGCAAGCUGUUUGAUGUGAGCUGGGUGAACACGUACUGGGAGUAUGGCAACAAGCAUACGGAUGACUUCCGGAAGCUUAUCGAACAGUUCCCGGAAUGGGCACACGUUAUACCAUCGGUGGCCGUUGUGAACAUAACCGCUUACUAGAGAGCUUUUGAAAGACCUCUA